AUGUCCGAACAUAGUGUGCAUACUUCUUCUUCUCAAGAGUUAUCUGAAGAAUUAUCUCUAUCUCAAGAGUUAUCUGAAGAAUCAUCUCAAGAGUUAUCUGAAGAAUCAUCUCAAGAGUUAUCUGAAGAAUCAUCUCAAGAGCUAUUCCAGGAAGAUUCUUCCUCUACAAUCGAAUUUAUCUCUACUGAAAUCACCGAUACUGAUCAAGUUAUUGUUACUUCAACCAAGGAA